AUGACAAGCAAACCCUUUAACCUUCAUCUCUUUGACGAUCGAAUCGCAAUAGAGCGCACUGACUCGGGCGCUGCUUUAAUCAUCUCAAGAAGUGUGCCUGAGGCGCCUCUGGAAGCUUAUGUAGACGAACGAGGCAAGGUUUCGAGAGAGACGGCGGGUGGUCAGCUUAUCCCCGUGGAUGCCCUUUUCGGAAUCUACCACCUUCUCUCGGGCCCGUACAUGGUGCUUGUUACGGACUCGGAAGUAACGGUGGCAUUGGGGGACGGGAUAGAGUUUCGCAAGGUAGCAAAAGUCGCUGUCCUCCCAUUAAUCAAGAACAAUGUACCCCUCACGGAGGAGAAGCAGGCAGACGAGGAUCGGUACUUGGAGCUUCUGCACCUCGCCAUUUCCAGCCACAAUUUCUACUUUAGCCUGAACCACGAUGUGACGCAAACCCUCCAGCGCCUCUCGGGCGUGUCGCCCGAGGACAGGGUCAAGAAGCCGCUCUGGCAGCGGGCGGACGACCGCUUUUUCUGGAACAGAGACGUGGUUGGAGAGCUUGUGGCCGCAAAAGCGCACGAAUGGAUUGUGCCUAUGAUGAAUGCCUACGUGGACCUCCGACAGAACUGUAGCGCAGGCUCGCACCGGUUCCAUCUGCUCUUCAUUUCGAGGCGCUCUCGGCACAGGCAGGGGUGUCGUUUCACCAUGCGGGGGGCCGACGAGGAGGGGCGCGUCGCGAAUUUUGUGGAGACGGAGCAGGCACUCUUGCACGAGGACGGGCGUCAAACGGCGCUGGUACAGGUCCGAGGCUCCAUCCCUCUGCAGUGGCACUCGCCGGUCUCCCUCAAGUACACACCGCGGGUAUUCUUCGGGGAGGCGGCCACGGGGCAGGCGGCGGCGCGAAAGCACGUGGAGGAGCUGGUAGAGCUAUACGGGCCGGAAGGCGUUGUUUUCGUGAACCUCGUGAACAUGAAGAAGGACGAGCAGGCUCUGGGCAUCCGCUUCAAGCAAGCCAUCGACGAGCUUCAGAGCAAGGUCCUGCGGUACGUCUGGUUUGAUUUUCACCACGAAUGCAAGAAGAUGCGUUACGGAAAUCUGGCAAAACUUCUGCAGGAGGUGGAAACCGAAUUUCAGAAGCAGUCUUUUUUCGCGCGGGCGGCGGACGGCUCGGUCACGCAUCUCCAAAAGGGCGUGAUUCGCACCAAUUGCUUGGACAACCUGGAUCGAACCAAUGUCGUGCAGAGCAUCAUCGCACGUCGAUCACUCCUUGUACAGCUGAAAGAGAAGGCCGCACUUGCCUUGGACGGAGCUCAUGUACUAGAGACCCCGUUUCCGUCGUUUGAAAAGGUCUUCAAAGACGUGUGGGGGAACAACGCAGACGCUAUGUCUGUCCUCUACUCAGGAACCGGCGCUCUCAAGACAGACUUUACCCGAACUGGCAAGCGUACUAUCAAUGGCGCUUUACAAGACGGUGUAAAUUCUGUGAUGCGAUAUUACAAAAACAAUUUUAUCGAUGCCACGCGUCAAGACGCCUUGGACCUGAUGCUCGGCCGCUUCAGGCCCGACCCAGCCCUGCCUUCCCCUUUUCUCUACCCGCCUGCGACCCAAGGAAAGCUAUCGUCUUUUAUGACCAAAGUGUUUGUCAUUUUGGUGGCCGUUUUCUCAAUCGCCAUGGUCCUGAAACCUGAGGAGGAGGUGCUGCCCCAGUUAUUCCUCGGCUCCCUGCUCAUCACGUUCCUAGUCCUCAUCCUCAUGGCGCGACACCUUGUAACCAAAGCCAUGAGAGCGUUACUACAGCAGAGAUGUCGACGACUUGCAGUGGCUCAGGCCAAAUUACGAGGCGUACCGGCAGUUGCGCGUGUAAGGCAAUCGACAACUUUCUCAACAUUGUCUGCAACGUCAUCUCAUACCAUCGUGCCCUCGACGCGAGUUUUUGCGUGGGGUCAGGGCACCGAAGGACAGCUGGGUCAUUCUCCCAUACAAAAAAGUGCUCUUACGGGGGCUUACGUCGAGCUUUCACCGCGCGAGCUACGGCUCGACACUGAACAAGACCAGCAAAAAAUAGAAAAACACAACCCUUGGGGUUUUGUGGACCUGGCUGCAGGGCUGAACUACUCGGCUGGGGUCACAGAGGACGGGAAAUUAUACACGUGGGGUGACGGGAGCAACCACAAGCUCGGCCACGGCGACAGCAAGCCCGUAUACCGCCCCAGGCAGGUGGAGGCCCUUCAAGACGUGAAGAUAGUCAAGGUGGCAUGCGGCGAUUUUCACACGGCAGCCAUCGACGAGGACGGGAGGCUUUGGACCUGGGGUUGGGGUGGGUCGCUUUUCGGGGGCAUCGGCGGUCUAGGCCACGGAGAUGAGGCUGAGCAGCCGCGACCAAAAGUUGUGAGAAGUCUCGUGGAUUAUGGGUGCCGCGUGGGGAGCGUGGCAUGCGGAGAGAAGCACACGCUGAUCCUUACCGACGACGGGGAGGUGUUGACGGCGGGCAACGGGGAGUACGGCAGGUUGGGGAACGGCGGUAGCAGUGACCAUGGCGUUCCCGAGCCUGUGGAGUUGUUCGAUGAGAAGACCAACAUCGUGGAGGUGGCGGCAGGCCACGCCUUCAAUCUGGUGCUGACACAGGACGGCAAAAUCUUUACCUGGGGAAGGAACGAACAGGGCCAGUUGGGCCUGGGCGGCGGCAUCAGCAUGGAUGUGUACUCGAUGGAGGCGGUGCCACUCCUUGUCGAGGCUCUGGAAAGCAAAAAGGUGGUGCACGUGGCCGCGGGGCACUCACACUCGGCGGCAGUGACCGAGGAGGGAGAACUUUACAUGUGGGGCAUGAAGAUCCACUUGGAGCCCCAGGUCUUUAGGGUUGGGGAGGGGGAUAAGGUCUGGCAAGUCGGGUGCGGCGGCAGCCACACGGCCGUGGUCACGGAGGACGCGCACCAGCUGUUCACUUUUGGGAAAGGGUCUUCCCUUUGUCUGGGCCACGGCACCAGAAGCUACACGCCACACCCCAAAUUGGUUGCCGAUGGGCUGGCCGGGCGGGGGGUCGUGAAGGUAGCAUGCGGGCACAGGCACAUGGCCGUCAUUACGGACUGAGCGAGCAAGAGAGCAGUGCAGCGCAAGGGAGGGGAUGUUGAGGGGUAAAGAGAUGUUCGAGAAAAUCAAAG